CACAUUUGAAGACAGGCACUGAGGAUGAAGAAUCAACUGAAAAGUAUGAAAAUACUGGAAAUGCAGAGUCUAAGUGGCCAAAAGUGGAAGGUCUUCACAAGGGUCAUAUGCAGGAAUCUAAGACUGGUGAAACCUGUGCUUGGGAUAGCAACGUAAAGCAUCAGCUCGAAAAGCCUGAGGGAAAAAGAAUGAAGGAGGACCAAAGUGGCAUCAGGGAAAAGGUGGGCAAAGCCAGGAACAUAGAAGGUAUAAAGACAGAACAAGUUGAUGAGACAUCUGAGAAAAGCUUACUUCUGAGCCCAGAGCAUGCUCUACAUCAGACCAUCCCUGCGGAACAGAAAAGCAGUGACCAAGGCAAGUGCUUGGGGAACAUGAAUGGAAACGCACAGUCCAGUCCACAGCAGAAAACCAGUGCUGGUAAGAAAGCACAUAAAUGUGAUGAGUGUGGGAAAUCCUUCAAAUAUAAUUCCCGUCUUGUUCAGCAUAAAAUAAUGCACACUGGGGAAAAACGCUAUGAGUGCGAUGACUGUGGAGGGACUUUCCGGAGCAGCUCAAGUCUUCGGGUUCACAAACGGAUCCACACUGGGGAGAAACCAUACAAGUGUGAGGAAUGUGGCAAAGCGUAUAUGUCCUAUUCCAGCCUUAUAAACCACAAAAGCACUCAUUCUGGGGAGAAGAACUGUAAGUGCGAUGAGUGUGGAAAAUCUUUCAAUUACAGCUCUGUUCUGGACCAGCAUAAAAGGAUCCACACUGGGGAGAAGCCCUAUGAAUGCGGCGAGUGUGGGAAGGCCUUCAGGAACAGCUCUGGGCUUAGAGUUCACAAAAGGAUCCACACCGGGGAAAAGCCCUAUGAAUGUGACAUCUGUGGGAAAACCUUCAGUAACAGCUCUGGCCUUAGAGUGCACAAAAGGAUCCAUACAGGCGAGAAGCCGUAUGAAUGUGAUGAGUGUGGGAAGGCCUUCAUUACUUGCAGAACACUGCUGAAUCAUAAAAGCAUUCACUUCGGAGAUAAACCCUAUAAAUGUGAUGAGUGUGAGAAAUCUUUUAAUUAUAGCUCUCUCCUCAUUCAGCACAAAGUCAUCCACACUGGAGAGAAACCUUAUGAAUGUGAUGAAUGCGGGAAGGCUUUCCGGAACAGCUCAGGCCUCAUCGUGCAUAAAAGGAUCCACACUGGAGAGGAACCUUACAAGUGUGAUGUCUGUGGUAAAGCAUUUAGCUACAGCUCAGGCCUUGCAGUCCAUAAAAGCAUUCACCCUGGGAAGAAAGCCCAUGAAUGUAAGGAGUGUGGGAAGUCCUUCAGUUACAAUUCACUGCUUCUUCAGCAUAAAACUAUUCACACUGGAGAGAGACCUUAUGUAUGUGAUGUGUGUGGGAAAACUUUCAGAAAUAAUUCGGGUCUCAAAGUCCACAGGAGGCUCCAUACCGGGGAAAAACCAUAUAAAUGUGAUGUGUGUGGGAAAGCCUAUAUCUCACGCUCUAGCCUUAAAAAUCACAAAGGAAUCCAUCUUGGGGAGAAGCCCUAUAAGUGUAGCUACUGUGAGAAAUCUUUCAACUACAGCUCUGCCCUUGAACAACAUAAAAGGAUUCAUACAAGGGAGAAACCCUUUGGGUGUGAUGAGUGUGGAAAAGCCUUCAGAAAUAAUUCUGGCCUUAAAGUACAUAAACGAAUCCACACUGGGGAGAGACCUUACAAAUGCGAAGAAUGUGGGAAAGCCUACAUCUCACUCUCAAGCCUUAUAAAUCAUAAAAGUGUACACCCUGGGGAGAAGCCUUUUAAGUGUGAUGAGUGUGAGAAAGCCUUCAUCACAUACAGAACCCUUAUAAACCACAAAAAAAUUCAUCUUGGUGAGAAGCCCUGCAAAUGCGACAUAUGUGAGAAAUCUUUUAAUUACACCCCACUACUUUCUCAGCACAAGAGGGUCCACACUAGAGAGAAACCCUAUGAAUGUGACAGGUGUGAGAAGGUAUUCAGAAACAACUCAAGCCUUAAAGUUCAUAAAAGAAUCCAUACUGGGGAGAAGCCCUAUGAAUGUGAUGUGUGUGGAAAAGCCUACAUCUCACACUCCAGCCUUAUCAACCAUAAAAGUACCCAUCCUGGCAAGACACCUUAUGCUUGUGAUGAAUGUGGAAAAGCUUUUUUCUCAAGUAGAACUCUUAUAAGCCAUAAAAGAGUCCAUCUUGGGGAGAAACCCUUCAAGUGUGUCGAGUGUGGCAAAUCUUUCAGCUACAGCUCACUCCUUUCUCAGCACAAGAGGAUCCAUAAGGGGAGAAGCCCUAUGUGUGCAAUAGGUGUGCGAAGGCAUUCAGGAACAGCUCAGGCCUCACUGUGCAUAGAAGGAUCCACACAGGGCUGAAGAUAGAAUUGGGGCAGGCUCGGUGGCACAGCAGUAACACACUGCUCAAGCGAAGCUGGAUCCAUGUGGAAGAUGGCGGGUUCGGUUCCCAGUCAACUUGUACACACCAAGCACGUGCCCCCAUGAUCCUGGCUGACUGGGAAGGCUAAGGAGGAUUGUGGUGUGAGACUCUGUUGAGGGCACUUCUUUUUCUCUCUCUCACCCUCAUUGAAGAAAUACAAUUUUUGAAAUGUUGGACCAUAGUGGGUAAAUUUGUAGCUGGAUGAUCUAUGUAAAAAUCUUAAAUUGUUUGUAUUAACAGAAGAAAACCAAGAUGCUUUAUAACUCUAGAUUUUACUAAGUUAAAUAUGUAUGAGAAAAUGUCAUGGGCAAGGACUCAAAGAAUAGAAAUAAAGUACAUAAACCCAGAACUCCGGAAUGAAAAGUCUUGGAUUGGCAGGGGACAUAGUGGUUAAGGUAGCCGGAUCCUACAUGCC